UCAUGUGGGGGCCAUACAUGCUGUACACGUGGUGACGACAUGGCCACUCUAAGUCUAACUUGCAUUCGGAGGAAGGCAAACACGUUAGCCAAGUCGCAGCCUUUAAUCUUACAAUUGCAUCCUUCGUUUAGUUUCCCAAAGAUUCUCAGUUCUCCUUGUUCCACGGUCUCUCCUUUAGGACCACGUCAGAUCGCUCCACCAGCUCCAAAAAUAAUUUCAAAAUUAGAUGUAAAAAGACUUCCGGGGAUUCAGUUUAAGGGGAAAGUGUACGUUUUGAAGGAAAACAACGAUGAGUGCAGAUUUCAGAGAGAAAUCAGUGAACUUUGUAGAUCAGGCGUUCUUGGUUUUGAUACCGAGACAACUUCACAGUUCUUUCGCGGGCGCUACCUCCCAUCUCUCGUCCAACUUUCGAAUGAAAAUACCUGCGUCAUGUGGAGAUUAAGGAAAGUCAACGAAAACUCGGGUGCUACUUCAACUUGGAUAUCGCAUACAUUGACUAAUAUAUUAAUGUCUCCAGACAUCUUGAAAGUCGGCCAUGGCUCCUUUAACGACGUAAAAGAUUUAUUAUUAAGAUAUCAUCUUGAGACGUAUAAUUUCCAAGAUACCUACCAACUAGCGGUACUGCUUGGUCUAGAGAAUCUGAGUCUACGAGGCCUUGUAGGCCUAUUCCUUAAUAAGAAGCUGGACAAGUCACAUACUAUUAGUAACUGGGAAGCUCCUUCUCUUACCAAUGAGCAAAUUACGUAUGCUGCUACUGAUGCAUGGGCAUCUCUAAAAGUCUAUCAUUGCAUCGUUAAGGAAGCAAAAAGGUGUAAGAAAGAAUUUCCUUCUCCUAUCACAAGAGCAUUUCAUUUGCUAAAACCAUUUUAUCAGGAGAAAAUAUUAGAUAGAAUCAAUAGGAUCCAAUAUGUGGGUCCACCACCACAGGCAAAGAAACAAGAUGGGAACAAAUCUUCUGAUAAGAUAUCAGAAGUACAGGGAGAGCAAGGACACGAUGGUCAGGAAAAUGAUCAUCCCACUCCCCCUCUCAUAAAACCAACUGAUGUUUAUCAAGAUGAUGACAUGAAAAAUAUUGCCCCCACCCCUCGUUUCACAAAACCAAACGGACCUAAACGUUUUUCUUCUCAAGAUGAGGUCAAUGAUAAUAUCGAUCCCACCCCUCGUGUUACAAAACCAAAUGGACCUAAACACUCUUCUCAAGAUGACAUCAAUGAUAAUAUCGACCCCAUCCCUCGUGUCAUAAAACCAAAAAGCCUUAAACGUUCUUCCUCUGGCAGCAAGAGCACUGCUGUUGGUAGUUAUGGUCCUCCAAUAGUUGAGCGAGAUGUUUAUGAGAGGAGGACGAUAGAGAGAUGGUUUGUGGAUCCUGAAGGAAAGCCCCUGAUGCAGCCCUAUACUGUGGAGAAGAAGUACAAAGAGAUGCAUAGAGAGCAGAAUGAGGACGCUAGUGAAAAGAUGGAACAGUGAAUGAAGAUAUAAAGCUUGUUUAUUGUGGCUAUAAUAGCCUGUCUUGUAAAUUAUAACAAAAUUCUAAUAUAAACUGUUAAUUAAUGCGAAUAUUGUGAGAUUGUAAGAUUUCUUUUAUGCAUUCCUGA